UAUGGUGAAAGUUUGAGCAGGUGGCCACAGCGAAAGGAAGCGACCAAUAGAAACCUCCAAUUGAAUGCCACACAGAGGAUCACAGGAUGUUUGCUGUGGCUUGCCAUUAUGAACUUCACGAGGAAUUUGCUCUCUGAGCAUCGUUAAGAAUGCCACAUUCAUAUCGUUCGAUCGAUCAUAGUGUCAGCCACGUUGUCUGCAGAGCCUCCACUGUGGAAAGCAAAAGGCAAUUUUUUUUUAUAGAGGAAGCAGAAAGCAGUCUGGUCAGCGAAGGGGAACGAGGAUACUUUUACGCCAAGGGAACAUGAAAACGGAGCCGUGUGUAAAAUAUUGUCAUGUCCAGUGAGUGAAAGAUGGGAGGGUUGGGGAUCUGAGCAAAAUUGAAGGAGGAUUUUGUUUGCUAAGAUCCACAAUUCUCGACGAGGAAGCAGCAGCGAGUGCGACAGCAGGCGCUACUGCUACUGCUCCUACAUUUGGAAGGGGGAGAGGAGAGAGGACGAGGGACGGAGGUGUUACUUUUCAUUGGUUGGGGGUUAAGAAUGGCAACUCGAUGCUGCAGGUUAUCCUUGUGCUGGUGGCCGGCUCACUUCAAGUCCUCUAUGCUCGAGCCUGACGAUAUCGAGAAGGGUAGCCGCGACGGCGACGGCGUAGGCUUCACCGAGUUCAGGUUGGACGAGCUACGGGCCGCCACGGAUGGUUUUUCGCCGGACCACAUCGUGUCGGAGCACGGCCAGAAGGCGCCCAACGUCGUGUACCUUGGCCGCUUCUUCCCCGGCGAUCGCGACGUGGCCAUCAAGCGCUUCAACAAGUUCGCUUGGCCUGACGCCCGUCAAUUCCUCGAAGAAGCGAAGGCGGUGGGGAAGCUCCGGAGCGAGCGGCUGGCGAAUCUCAUCGGCUGCUGCUGCGAGGGCGACGAGAGGCUUCUGGUGUCCGAGUUCAUGCCCCACCAGACUCUCGCCAAGCACCUCUUCCACUGGGAUACCCACUCUUUGAGCUGGGCAAUGAGGAUAAGAGUGGCCUUGUACCUUGCCCAGGCACUCGAGUAUUGCAGCACCAGAGGGCGAGCUUUGUACCAUGAUCUCAAUGCUUACAGAGUUCUCUUUGAUCAGAAUGGUAAUCCCAGAUUGUCCUGCUUUGGUCUGAUGAAGAAUAGCAGAGAUGGAAAGAGCUACAGCACUAAUUUGGCCUUCACACCGCCAGAGUACCUUAGAACAGGGCGAGUGAUUCCGGAAAGUGUUGUGUACAGCUUUGGAACGCUUCUGCUUGACCUUCUCAGUGGGAAGCAUAUUCCUCCUAGCCAUGCCCUCGACCUUAUCCGCGGUAAGAAUUUUCGCACACUGAUGGACUCGUGUUUAGAGGGGCACUUCUCAAAUGCUGAUGGAGCUGAGUUGGUUCGAUUAGCUUCUCGUUGUUUGCAAUAUGAACCUCGCGACAGGCCGAUCAUAAAAUCACUUGUGACUUCUCUGGGAUCUAUUGAAAAGGAUGCAGAGGUGCCAUCAUAUACACUGAUGGGCAUUAUGAAUGGCUCUGCGAAUUCUAAGCAAACACUUAAGUUAUCGCUCCUCGGUGAAGCUUGUGCAAGAAUGGACUUGGCUGCCAUACAUGAAAUACUGGAGAAGGUCGGAUACAAGGACGACGAAGGGUUAGCCAAUGAUUUGUCUUUCCAAGUCUGGACCAGCCAAAUUCAGGAGACUUUGAACUCUAAGAAGCACGGCGACAAUGCUUUCGUAGCUAAAGAUUUUGCAACCGCAAUUGAAUGCUACACACAGUUUAUCGACAUGGGGACGAUGAUCUCACCGACUGUGUUGGCGCGUCGCUGUGUAUCAUACCUGAUGAAUGGCAUGGUGCAGGAGGCUCUGGAAGAUGCUAUGCAAGCACAGGUAGUAUUCCCAGAUUGGCCUACUGCUUACCAUCUCCAAGCCACUGCCCUCCUGAGUCUUGGAAUGGAUAGUGAUGCCCACGACAUGAUCAAGACUGGCACUAGGCUAGAGAGCAAGAGGAGCAACAGAAACUGAUGCAAAACUUUCCUCUGGUUUCUUUUGUCUCGCCCUGUAUCUACAACUUAUCUCUUGCUCGUUUUCUUAUCACAAUCAGGUGGUUUUAUAUCGCCUUGUUCGCUUGUCGAUGAUAGAAUUUUCAGACAUGAAGUGAGUUUCAUUAUCUUCGUAAUAUCUGCAAAAAGAACUGAGGUAUAUGUAACAGAUAUAACUGCAAAGGCAAAGUGAUCAGAUUUGGUUGGUUGGUUUA